AUGCGGGAGGAGAGAUGCUAGGGCAGGGCAGGGCUGCGCUGGCGGCCCUGCAGCCCCCGAGCUGCCCGCAAGGGCUGGAGCUGCCCGGUGCCCCGCUGCGGGGCGGGCUGUGCGGGGCGGCGCGGGGCUCCUGCGCCUUUAAGGCGGCGCGGCGCGGUGCGGGCUGCCCGGCCUGGCCCCGUCAGCGCUGCGCCCGUCCCGCCAGGCCCGAGAGGCCCGGCAGCCGCAGGUGCGGGUCUGGUGGGGUUGGAGACGGAGGCUCCCUGCCUGCCAGGCGCCAUGGCCAUGAGGGAGCUGGUGGAACCGGAGUGCGGGGGCUCCAACCCGCUCAUGAAGCUGGCCGGCCACUUCACCCAGGACAAAGCUUUGCGACAGGAAGGACUUCAGGGCCCGCUGUCCUGGCCCCCCGGGGCUCCGGGGGCUGCAGCCGUAUCCAAACCAUUGGGAGGAGCCACUGAAGAUGAGCUGGUUGGAGAGUUCCUGCAAGAGCAAAAUGCUGCGUUACUGUCCCGUGCACCCCAGACCUUUAAGAUGGAUGACCUUUUGGCUGAGAUGCAAGAGAUUGAACAGUCAAGCUUCCGACAGGCCCCUCAGCGAGCUCCAGGUGUGGCAGCCCUGGCACUGUCUGAAAACUGGACCCAGGAAUUCUUGGCUGCAGCAGAUAGUGCUGGUGAUGUCUCUUCAGAUUACAACGAGGCUGACUGGUCACAGGAGUUCAUUGCAGAAGUGACAGAUCCACUGUCUGUGUCUCCUGCCAAGUGGGCAGAAGAAUACCUAGAGCAGUCAGAGGAGAAACUGUGGCUUGGGGAAUCGGAAGACCAGUCUUUGGCAGAUAAAUGGUAUGAGGAAUAUCAGCCUGAAGAUGAUCUUAAGAAAACUGUUAGUGAUUUCCUCUCUAAAGUGGAUGAUCCAAAACUCCAGAAUUCUGAGUUCCUAAAGUUUGUCCGCCAAAUCGGAGAAGGGAGGGUAUCGAUCGAAGCUAAUCAGGUGACCCACAGAGACCAAGAUCAGGCAGAGCAAUGGGCAGCUGAGUUUAUACAGCAGCAGGGGGCGUCUGAUGGCUGGGUGGAUCAAUUUGCACCAUCUGGGAGCGCGUCAGCUCUUGAUAAGGAAUUUGAACAGGCAAAGACUGCUGUGGAGUCAGAUGUGGACUUCUGGGACAAACUCCAGGCAGAAUGGGAGGAGAUGGCCAGGAGAGAUGCAGAGGCCCACCCUUGGCUUUCUGAUUAUGAAGACCUCAGCUCCUCAUCAUAUGACAAGGGUUACCAGUUUGAGGAGGACAAUCCCAUGAGAGAUCACCCAGAUGCAUUUGAAGAGGGACGGAAGCGCUUGAAGGAAGGUGACCUCCCCAAUGCUGUCUUGCUCUUUGAGGCUGCAGUGCAACAGAAGCCAGAUCAUAUGGAGGCCUGGCAGUAUCUGGGAACUACCCAAGCAGAGAAUGAACAGGAGCUUUUGGCAAUCAGUGCCCUCAGACAGUGCUUGGAGCUGCAGCCUGGGAACCUCACAGCACUUAUGGCUUUAGCAGUCAGCUUCACCAACGAGUCCUUGCAGAAGCAAGCCUGUGAGACACUCCGGGACUGGCUACACCACAAACCAGACUAUGCCCACCUGCUGGAGAAGGAACCUGGCGAGAGUGUUGCUGGGACAGACCUGGGGCCUUCCAAGCGUGUCCUGGGUUCCCUGCUGUCUGACUCCUUGUUCACUGAGGUGAAAGAGCUGUUCUUGGCAGCUGUGCGCAGCAACCCCUCGUCUGUGGAUCCUGAUGUUCAGUGUGGCCUGGGGGUCCUUUUCAACCUCAGUGGCGAGUACGAGAAGGCUGUGGACUGCUUCACUUCCGCUCUCAGUGUGCGCCCCAAUGACCAUCUUCUGUGGAACAAGCUUGGUGCCACCCUGGCAAAUGGGAACCGGAGUGAGGAAGCUGUGGCCGCCUAUCGUCGGGCACUGGAGAUCCAGCCAGGAUACAUCCGCUCGCGCUACAACUUGGGCAUCAGUUGCAUCAACUUAGGGGCCCACCGUGAGGCUGUGGAGCACUUCUUGGAGGCUUUGCAUAUGCAGCAGAAGAGCCGAGGCCCACGGGGGCAGCAAGGUGCAAUGUCUGACAACAUCUGGAGCACCCUCCGUAUGGCCCUUUCCAUGCUGGGGCAGAGUGACCUGUAUAGGGCAGCUGAUGCCCGGGACCUUCCCACACUGCUUCAGGCAUUUGGCCUUCAGCAGUGACUCUGGGAUGACUUCCCCUGUGAGUGCAGUGUUGGCCUAGCCCAGCAGUGACCUUCCUUAGAGAGGAAGUGUUCACUAGGGUUCACACAUAUCUUUGCUCUGGUAGGGCAGAUCAUUGGCAACUGUUUUUUCAAGGACCUCCCUUUAAAGCGUGUGACUUCCCCUGCCUGUCCUUUGUGGCCUGAACAUCUCUGAAUGGUUCAUGUUAUCUCCAUUACUGACUGACACUGCUGGUAGGGAGGUGAUCAAAGUGGGGGAAGAUGGCAACAUCCAGCCCUCUUGCCAGACUGUAUUUGCAGUAAUGUCCAGCUUGGCUGUGAGACCUUAGGAUAGCUGUUCUGCAGAAACUACCUGCUGGACAUGUCUCAAUUGCAGGUGGUUUUGGUGGGGUGGGAUUGCCACUUGAUGCAAGGGGGAAAAAUCCUGGAUUUUGAGCAUGCUUCCCCUGUGUCUGUGCUUGCAUGUGUGUAUAUAUGGGUUGCUGGGGAAAACAGGGCAACAGUUCCCUUUUCUGGGUACUGGUAACUUCAUGGUACAGCCAGAUUCUAGUUUAUCAGAGUCUCUUAAUGAAACUUUUAAGAGCAGAGUAUUUUUGCUAGAGAUGCAGGUGGGGGCCCUUAGCCUGUCAAGGUAAGAGGAGAUCCCAGAAUCUGUCAGACUUGAGAGAAUGUCAUAGGAAUGAAAGUCUAAAAGUUAACCUCCCCUCCCAGAAUAUGGUGGGGAAAGGUUCAAGUCUUAAUUUUCACUUGAUCAUCUAUCAUUGUUUUCCUUUGUGCAGAAGUUCCACAUCUUGUGUGUAACUGAAUCUUGUUAAUUAUAAAUAUCUGUAUAUUCUAUUGAGGAAAAUGUUUUUUAAUUGUAAAGUAUUUUGUAUAUUAAAGAGGGGAGAAUUAAUAUUGCCAAAA